GCCGAUGUGUGAGCUGAGCUGUGAUUGGUCGGUGUGCGGUGUUGGCUCAGAGGUCAGUCAGAGCCGCCAUGUUGCGCGUGGAGCCGCUCGGGCCUAAGAUGGACCCGGACGAGUUACGCAGGAAAAUGCGGGAGGAUGUGCUCAGGUCCCUCCGCAACUUCCUCGUCUACGUGGCGCUACUGAGGGCCACUCCGUUUAUCCUGAAGAAACUGGAUAGUAUCUGAGCAUCACGACUGCAAAAACCCGCAUGCUGCUUUGAAGUACUCGAGUCGUAUUUGAAGAGCCACUGUUUGCAUCGACAGAACAAGAACAUUCGGGCCUUCUGCUGCUAAAGAAAGAACCUUUUAAAGCCAACUCUGUAACAAACUCUUAACCAUAUUCAGUUAAUCCCUGUACUUAUUCCAUUUCCUACACCUAGAUUAUUUUUUCCUUGCCUCACUUUGUAUCUGAUUUUCAUGCAGAGUUGUGUGUGUUUUUUUUAACCUAAUUGGUACAAUAAAUUCCCAAUAUUACGA